AAAACAAUUCGUACUUUUUCGAUCAGACUUCUCAAUCAAAAGUUAUAGACUAGAAACCAAUUUCGAAAGAAAAUUCGAAGGGCUGUAACUUUUGAACCAGUAGCCCAGUAGUGAUUUAGUAGAUUCUCUUUCAUAUAAAAAAACUGAAGUGAAUGGGUUGUGAAGUAAAAUCUGACGGGACUUCUUUGUGUCCAGGGGCAUGGCCCAGGUUCCAUCUGGUAAAGAUGGCACUCAUUGGAGUAGGUACGUACUUUUUUCGAGGAGGAAACAGGGUUCAUUAUUGGUUGCUUAGUUAUGAACAAAAUGUAAUUAUUAAGUCGUAUUACCUUAGAAAUAGAAAAACAACAGAUUGUUUAGACACAAGCGUUGGAAACGGUAAUUUUAGUUUUAAAUGGCAUAAACAGAUUUCUCAAUGGAAACCGUUCAAAGAUUAAAAGGUAACAAUCAUAUUCCGAUUAUUCAGAAUACUUCUAAUUACAUCGCUCAUCCAACGGGUGCGGUACUUCACUGUUCUGAAGUUCAUACGUCGUUAUGCGGUGAUAGUUGUCGCAAUCGUGUUUUGGAAGAGCCGAUAGAUCUUACAUGCGCUGAAAAACGCAAAGUAGAGUUGCCAUCAAUGGUGAAUCGUCUUAAAGCAGACUGUCACCAAACUGAAGCAUCAGGUAGUACUGGUCCCAACAAGAAAUGUAGAAAAAGAAAGGCCAAUAGUAAGAUAAAAGUAGAAAAUGACUCAGUAAAAUAUAUCGACACCACUCAUCUUGCGGAUAAUACAGACGCUAAGCAAAUCGAAGUACUGAAGGCUGCUAGAUCAUUAUUUUCUAAACGCACAAGAACAUUGUAUCACUGGAUAUUCCCGAACGCGCCAAAAGCUCAGUUAAAGGCCGUGAUUUCGUCUUCUUGGGAAACACUCAGCGUGCAGGAGAAAGAUUUCUAUAUAUCCCAGGUUUUAGGUCGAUUUGGAUUCCCUCAAUCGAGCUUAAUGAUAAACCCGCAGCUCGGAGUUCUAUCUUCAUUCCAGACUGAAUUUUCAAAUAGUAGUAUAAGAAACGUAGAGGAGACCUCAAACGCCGUCUCGACCAUAAUUAAUGAAACCAAUAACAAAGCGUGGCGGGAAGAAAUCGAUAAUUUAACUGUGAAAUGUCCAAGUUAUAAGAAAACCAGGGGCCCGGCUAGGAAAAUGAGACGUGCGAAAAUUAAAGAUGAAAAGACCGAGAGGCCCGAAAUUUUGUACUUGAAAGAAGUUAGUGAAGCGCCAAAUGACGAAUUUCAGGAUGACCCAGAACUGAAUAGAGAAUUUCAACAGUUUAGAAGGAAUAUACCUACAUAUGACCAGUAAGAAAGGGUGGUUGCGUUAAAUCUACGUCUUACAAUAGUUUCGUUUCUUGUAAUUUUGUUGACGCAUAAUAAUAAUAAACCGUUUUG